AUGGACACCUCGGCGCCCACUAUCCCUACAAGAAAACAGGCUUUUCUUGCAGCGCAGACCACUCUGCUUUCGCAGCCUGUUGCGCCGUCACGCGCUUGGCAUGCGACAAACGACGCGUCUAACAAGCCCGUAAGACGACGGCUAGUCGACGAUGCCGUCUUCCAGUUCAACCGCAUUAUAGAGGAGCAUUGCCAGCGGGCCUAUGCACCCCAGGCCAGUCGAAAUCUAGCGGAGCGGAUCAGUGCCAUCUACAUCGGACAGAUAGAUCGUCGAGAAGGCGAUACGGAUGACGCCGAUGGAGCUGUUGGAAAAGAGGUAGACCUGACCAACGAUGAUGCUAUUGAAUCACUGCCAAUUUCUUGGCCAUCGGAAGAGGAAGCGGUAGCCAAACCUGAGGAUGCGCAAACUUACUCACGGUCCGUCUCCCGGCUUGUCGAACUCAGCAAGGAGCGGCGACAGGUUCAGCUCCGCAUGGAAAAGCUUCGCCGGCUACAGGUCGCUAUUGAACCACUCCGUACGUCAGAGUCGGGCAAGGGCGUACAAGAAAACUUGGUUGCCAAUAACAGAGCACUGGAAAAGGAGUUGGAAAAGAUGCGCGGUCUGCUGGAUCGCGUCGCUGAGCACGUCGACGGCUUUCGAGAUGCCAGCGCUAGUUCUCGUUCGCGCAACAUAGUCAACUUGGACGAGCUUCGGGCAUCCAGGAAGAGGGCAGUGGACGAUUUCCUGGCCGAUUCCAAGGUGUUCCCCAAUUGA